CAAAACCAAAAAAAAGAAGGAAAAUGUAAACGAGAAUUUGAUUUUCUUUUGAUUUUCCGGUACCCGAGGGAAUCACUGUUCUUGGUUUUCUUUCCUCCACAAAUAAAAGAGUUCUGGUGGUUCAGUUACAUACUUUUAGGGCAAGUCGAGUAGGAUGAGGUUGCGACGGAUCUGAAUCCCUAUUCUUGGAGCACGUGUUGAAGAAAUUGGAGACUCCGACUACCUAUUCAAGCGGUCCCUUUCUAAUCAAUUUCAGCUGGAGAGAUGAAGACGGGUUCCAGAGAAGCAAGCCCUCACUGGAGUGUAUUUGACGGAGUGAAGAGUAUCCGAGCAACGCCUGAUGCUCUGAUGGCUGAGAUUAAUUCUGCGAUUUCUGGUUUUGAGUAUACCCGAGCUACUGCUCUCCUACAGUCCCCAUCUUCUUCCCUCUCAAAGAAUAAGACAGCUGAUGCAAAUUCAACAUCUCAAUAUGAUGUUCAAAUGGCUGAUGAAGCUUAUAAGGCGGGUUUGGCAUCCUUGGCUGGAGGAAAGCUUGACGAGGCUAUUCACUCUUUGAACAUUGCUCUCUCCAAGUGCCCACCUGAGAAAACUUCUGCUGUUGCCAAGCUUCAAUCUCUCAUUUCUCUCACGUCUCAGCAACUCCAAAACCACCAAAGCACGAAAGCCAGGAUCUUUCAGAAAUCUUCAACUUGAUUUGAUUGCCAACUAUCAGAGUUGUUUCUUCCAUUCUUAUGGAUGGAAGGGAGAUUCUUCUUGAAUCUUGAUAGUUGUCUUGAAAGCAGGGAUAUUUAAUGAACUUCUUUGAGAAAGAAAUAUAGAAGGGUGCCAUCAUUUGUAAAUAUAGCUGGAUCUAAGCAUAUAGAAGUUUGAACAUCCGACCCAAUGGUGGAAAAUCUGGUUGUAUUUUCUAUGCACAUGCAUUAUCAAAAGGUAUGUUGCUUAUUAACUUUUCGUCUGAGGAGGAACCUGUAUCGAAAAAUGCACAAAGAAUAUGA